CUGCUGUUGCUACGGCGUUUGAAAGAGAAAGGAGAGGCUCGCGUGUCUUUAGAUCGUCCUUUAAGUAAUUGGCGGGCGUUUCUAAUAUCCACUCGGUGUUUAAAAUGUCCUCUUUGCCUCAGAAGGCUCCAGGUGGUGGUCUGGGUGGUGUGCCGCUUCAGCAGCAGCCGCAGAACCUCCACACUUUGGCGUGUUCAGGGGUCCCGGUCCUCGGACAGGCCUCCAACCCCGCCGCUCUCCGGGAAAUCUCACCCGUCUUCCUGUGCCGCAUCGGCCAGGACACCGUGCAGGACAUCGUCACCCGCACCAUGGAGAUCUUCCAGAUCACACGGGCCACUCAGUUGCCGAACGGUGUGACGCAGAGUCAGGCAGCGUAUCAGGAUCGCUUUGGGAAACUGCAGGAGCACCUGCGCCAGCUGUCUUUGCUCUUCCGCAAACUCCGACUGCUCUACGAGCGCUGUGUAGAGAUGACCUCCGACCUUCAGGAGUCUCCUGCCGAGCUGGUGCCGUAUGUUGGAGAGGAGAUGGCUCCAGUUAGAGUGGAGCCCUGCGGUUCUGCUGUGACUCAGGACAAACAGGAAGUUUUAGAGAAAGUGAGGCAGAAGAAUCAGGAGAUGAAGGUGUUGAUGGACCAGAUGAGGAACCUCCUGUGGGACAUCAAUGCCAUGCUUACAAUGCGCAAAUGACCAGGGAAGAAAAAAAAAAACCUUCCCUUUCCCCUUCAAGUCUGCCUUUAUUUACUUGUGUUCCGCUCUCCAUUCAGUCUCUUCUAGUAGGGCAGCUAAGGACAGCAGAUGGCUCAGGAUCACUGUUACUGCUGUGUUGUGUUUAGUCUUGAUUAAUGAGAUAAGAUUCAGCUGGAGAACUUCCACUCAUCUGUGAUUUGUACUUCUUGCUAUAAAGCACCGAACAGAGAUAAGAUGCUCUCGGAUUAGCAGGGAUCUAGGGAUAUGAAUUCCGUGCCAAGUGGUAUGGAGUGAUCCCAGGUAAUCUGUCGAGGGACAGAUGGGAGACCAGCCUGAGCUACAGGUUUCCUAUGUGGCACUAACAUGGAAUCCCUUACCCUCCAAUGCAGGAGACUGCGUGACGUCUCACAUUUGCAUCCUCGGCAGCUAUUCUAUCAGGUGGAAGACGGAGCUUAAGUGACGGUGUAAAUUUUCAAAAGGAUGUGGACACAGUAAUAAUGUUUGUAGGGUAAAUCUUUUGUACAGUUGAAGAUCACGUUGUUUUG